GGCGUUGGUGCGAAGAGGCGCCACCAUCGUUGAGCGGCUGGGACUUUGCCGCAGUAGGUGGCUGCGAGAGGUAGGGAGGUCGGUGGGCCGCGUCGCGUCGCCUCAGGUCCGUAGCUUUGCCUCCCUCUCCUGUUCUGCCGCGGGCCCACGAUGCCGCAGUACCAGACCUGGGAGGAGUUCAGUCGCGCAGCGGAGAAGCUCUACCUCGCAGACCCUAUGAAGGCACGUGUGGUUCUCAAAUAUAGGCAUUCUGAUGGGAGUUUGUGUAUUAAAGUAACAGAUGAUUUAGUUAACUACUCCAUGUCUAGAAGGGACCAAAGAUACAAUCAAACCCAUCCUCCUAAACAUGUUUGGUGUAUAGAACAGACCAAGCUCAAGAUGUAAAGAAGAUUGAGAAAUUCCACAGUCAACUAAUGCGACUUAUGGUGGCCAAGGAAUCCCGCAGUGUUGCCAUGGAAACAGACUGAAUGGUUUGAAAUGAAGACUGUCUUGUUCCUAGGAAGUAAAUAUCUUUUGAAUUUGAGAAAGUGUUGGGACAGAAAAUACUUUAUGUAACUAAGUGGGCUAUUCAGAAGCCAAGAGAUCAUUUUUUGUACUUUAUUUUUUAAUGUUUACUUUAGAGAGCUAGGACUGUAAAUGCUUUCGGUUAAAAAACUUUUAUUUAUUUUUGGAAAUGGAACAAGGAAUGGCUCUAUCUUGGAAACUUUUUGCAGAUUGUUUGAUGUUAGGCAAAAUAAAUAAUUACUCUCUGGUAAGUUUGUAUCAGUAAUUUGAAAAUGAGAUAUCAAGAAAAGCCAGUUCUUCCUUAAAUUUAGUUAAUCUGUCUUUAAAAGAAAAAUUAAAUGGAACCAUUUUGCUGGAUUGAUGUAUUUCUUUUGGAGCAUAAAUUUUGUGCUGUUGAUGACCAGCAAAUAUAAAAUACGGUAACUGGAAUUAACUGCACAGCAGUAUAGCUGAUUAUAUAUGGUAGUGUAGUCUCAAUUAUAUCUAAAGAUAACUAUGAAAACAAGUAUGCUUUACCUUAAACUUUACAAAUUUAAACUAUAUUUUUAAAUAUAAGGGAUUCAUAGUAUCAUUAACUUGUUGAGCAAAGACUAACUUUGAAUCUAAUUUUCAUGCCUAGAAACGUCUGCUGUUACUUUAAAUGCAUGAACAGAAUGCUCACUAAUGGAUCGAAACCACCAUAUUACAGGAAUAUUUGCCACAUAUUUGCCAUCUAUAUUUUCUCAGAAGGGCUAAGGAUUAUUUGAACUGUUAAAUUUUUGCAUACCUCUCUGACACCCCAACCCAUUUCUCUCAUUACUUAACCAAGGUGUUAAGCAUGACUCUCACAACUGUUCUCCAUUAAAUCAGAAGUAUGAUAUUAUUUGAUAUUUAUCUUAUAUUUGUAACCUGAGUUUUACCACCUGAAUAUAAUGUUCACAUGUUGAUUCUUACAUUAAAAUAUUUUUUGUUAGGGA